CCUUUGCGUCUCCGUGUUGUUGAUCCGAUGCGGGUGCGAAGCUAUUGGUAUGCAGGUGGAGGCUUCAGACGUUGCCAGGAAACUCGCUGCAGCAUCCUGCGCCUCUCGUGCGUUAUUCUCCCCCCCCCGUGAUUGUUCGCUGCGGGCCUGCGCCGAUCAAAGGCGGGGUGACGUGCUCAGUAGUCACGGUGUCGCUUGUGUCGAGAGGAGAAAAAAAAAAGAGACACCAUCAUCAUCAUCAGCUCUGCAUCUCCUUCCAUUCAGGCCAGAUGCAGGAAACUGGCUCGAUCCCACUUGUUGGGCAAACCCUCCCCAAUGGCUGUUGGACACGUCUUAGUCCACGAUGCUGCUGUAAAAGGGAACACGGAGAGCCUGCAUCUGCGUCCGAGCGCCUCAUGGAAACAGCAUUUUUACUGAUUACCAUUGCAAACGCAUGGCGCACACGCACACACACACAUGUUGUCAAGAGGAAUGUCAGUUAGCAGCUGGCAAUCAGCGGGUUGAAGUGAGAAGCAGCAUCACACAAUUAAGUGCUCCACAGAGGCUAAAUCAUGAGCAGGUGUUGCAUUUUUUUUUAAAGGGCAAAUAUCUAAAUGGAUAAUGUCUGGGGGGGGGAACGUAUAAUCCAAUACAAUCCACACUUCUAACCGAUCAAAGGGAUUUAAGAUGCGCUGGAGUUGUGCAAUGAGAGCUGCACGUUACGUUGAUCAGUGUUGAGCACGGAAGACGUCUGCAGCGCUCUCUGGUUUGUUCUGCAGCUUCAAGCUUCUGCGAUCGAAUGUUGAAUGUUUGACUUGUAAGCAUUUGACCACCAUCAGGAGCCUCCUCUUCCUCAGCUGCUUUGGACAGUCAGGUUUCCUGCUGCACCUGCCCUAAAAACAAGCACCUCCAGCCGAGUGAGCUGACCCACUGGGGGAAGGCUGCAUGGAAAUAGAACCAGGAUGUGUCUUAAAUAGAGUCUUUAAGUCAGUUACAGACACCUGAACUUACCUGUUGAACAAAGCGGGCCCCUCAGUGACUAAUGUAAGAUUGACUUCACGGAACUGAAAAAAGGCAGCACAGCGACCUCGUGUAUCCAACAUCGCUGUUCAGAUCCCAAGAAUUCAAAAUGAUUUGGUAAAAAAAGUAAUGGAUAAAUGUCUUAAAAUAGUUUGCUAAAAUGAACUAAACGUGAUGGAUCAACACUUCAAAUAGGUGGCGAAAGGUUUGAACUAAUACGUUGGAAGUCAAAUAAUUGGCAACCUGACUGACCUUCUAACAAUUCGUUGCCAUAGCAACAGCGCUCUUGUUGCAGGCUAAGCCGGGGGGAGAGGGGACUAACCUUUGACCCAGACCUACUGCCCGCCGUCAUGUGGUAUUGGAGGUGGAGUAAUAGCGGUAGCAAUAUCACUUUUAAUAGGGAUCAGCAGCUGGACGGUGGCGCUGGUCACACGCCACAAGUUUGCCCGGUCACAUUGGAGACCGUCCCCAUUACACUCAACCACCUCAACCCCAACCAUUGUAACCGGCUUACUCUGGCUUUAGCAUCUGUGCAGUAAAUGUAGGGCAAUGCUGUUGGCCUGUCUGCUAAACCAUAAAGCCAAGCUGUGUGACUGCGUUCUGUGGGUUUGCCGCACUGUAACGCUGUCUGCACGCCGCGAUGAGGCUACGAUCGAGCAGUAGAGCAGAGAGGGACAGACAGGAAAAGGUGAAAUUCGAGGAGAGUGAAAUGAUUCCAAAGUCAGGAAAAUCUCCAGCAGACUCGAGGAAAAGUGUCGGCAUCCAUGAGUUCGCAGCACUUGCCAGAUCCUCCUUAAAUGGUAUCUCUCAGGCCGUGAGGGACCAUGUGACCAAGCCCACCUCCCUGGCUCAGGGCCGGGUCGCCCACCUCAUUGAGUGGAAAGGUUGGCCCAAACCAGCCAACCCUCCGCCGGCCGCCGCCUUCAGCUCCUACUGCCACCUGACUGAGGGAGAGAAGGAGGCGCGCUUUGCUGCAGGAGUGGCCGAACAGUUUGCCAUCGCUGAGGCCAAACUGCGUGCCUGGGCGUCCAUAGAUGACGAGGACGAGGAGGACUCCAACGAUGAGGACUCCCCCACUGACGGACCGACUCAGACUGCAUGCAGCCGGAGCUCAGACGCCGUCCCGUCCAAUCCUGUCAAUGGAGCACGGUGCCAGCCCGAUGUCGAAGGCCCGGAGGCGUCCCACCGCCCCUUGUGCUACAGCAGCAGCAGCAGCGGCAUCAGCAGCAGCAGCAGCGGCACCAGCAGCAGUAGCAGCGGCAUCAGCAGCGGCAGCAGCAGCAGCGGCAUCAGCAGCAGCAGCAGCGGCACCAGCUGCAUCAGCAGCGGCAUCAGCAGCGGCAGCAGCAGCAGCGGCAUCAGCAGCAGUGGCAGCGGCAGCAGCUGCAGCAGCAGCAGCGGCAUUGGCGGCAGCAGCAGCGGCAUCAGCAGCAGUGGCAGCGGCAGCAGCAGUGGCAGCGGCGGCGGCGCUCUGCCCAGUGGUAGGCCGGCGUCUCACAGUGACCCACAUUCAUCGCGGACCAAUUCUCCAACAUUACCCAGCGACUGCAUGAGUCCCUUCUUAAAAGAGGAGGAGGAAGAGAAGCUGGACUGUCGCAGGGAGAAGCCGGCUCAUCUGCGGGAGCGCCACGGUGACGUGUGCAUCCACCACAAGCCGGAGUGGAGGCCUCGGCCCAGGAGCGGCAGGUUCGACUCCUGCUACUCCACCUCUCGCUCCGAGUCCCCCGGAGAGGAGGACGAGGAAGAUGAGGACGAGGAGGGCAGCGUGUUUCACGAGUUUCGAGCGUGGCAUUCCAGCCGGAGGAGCUUCUUCUCCGACCGGGCUUCCUCUGGAGUGGCGUCCUUUGAUGAAGAGGAGAGGGAUGAGGUAGAGGAGAAGAAGGAUCAUUCGGUGUGAUGUGUUGUCCCAUCUUUAUGUCUCUUGGAGUCUGUGUUGAUUUUGGAUGAGACAUAAUCGGCGCAAACCUCUCUCCUCCUCUUCCUCUCCGCUUGUUCCGUCUCUCAUCCGCCACGUUUAUCACUGCUGUAAUCAGUAUAAAAGAGUAUAUUGGAGAGUUCAGCCAGAAUGUAAAGCUGUUGUUCAAACUGAGUUUUGUACAUUUUUGUGAAGAGUCACGUGGUGCAUUGGUUUUCUAUGGAUAUUUUGCUAUUUCUUUUGUUUUUUUCUGGGUCUUUGUGUCAUGUGGGUUGGGCAACGUUUGAUACUGAAUAUGUGAAUGUCCUGCUUGUCUAUAAAUAUCAUUUGUUUUUGAAAGAAGAUAUUGUCCCUAUUUCCACACAAAAUAAAGACGAUGAAACACAACGUA